ACACCGGAAAAGGUUUUUUUACUUGUCGGUUUGAGUAUGUAAUUUUUACUUACAAAUAUUUUCGUUGCUCUUGUCUCUUAUGUGCGUAACGAGAGUAUAUGUACGCUAAUAGUAAACCUAAUAACGCAGAGGGACUUACUUUAUUGCGACGCUUGUGUUUUCCGCGUAUUAUCUAUAACUUGACAGCCUGGUAAAUAGUGUAACAUUGCAGCAUGGUGAUGUUAAGCUAGCGAAGUUAGCUUAACGUGGAGGUAAUGUGACGUUUCUUCUUUGGUUUAAUAAAAAUGUUAUUCCACACAAUAUUAGCCGUGGGUCUGCCGUAAUGUGCUCCUUGUAUCGAUUCCUGGCACUGAAUCGGGUUUCAUCAUUGAAAUCCCAGGCGGCUCCAAUGCGGCUCGUCAGAUUUGCGUUUGUGCGACAGAUGAGCCUCCUGUCCAUCGGAAAUCCAGCGAUUGUGUCAACUAAAUCAAGUAAUAUUGAUAUGGCCGGUAACUCAGCCAAACGCAGGCUUACUAGCUCACCAAGCAGUCUGUCAAGGAUAUCCUCCAGUGAAGAUGUGACAACUCGAGUGAAGAGGGUGUCCAUCGAGGGGAAUAUUGCUGUUGGAAAGUCGACCUUUGCCAGGCUGCUGCAGUCCGCCGAUGAGGCGUGGGAGGUCGUCCCUGAGCCUAUCAGCAAGUGGCAGAGCAUCCAGAGUGGGACCACCAAGGGGGAGAGUUCCCCUCAGCAGACAGUCAGCAACCUGCUGCACAUGAUGUACCAGGACCCCCAGCGCUGGUCGUACACCUUUCAGACGUACUCCUGCAUGAGCCGUCUGAGAACGCAGCUGCAGCCUCCUCCUGCUCGCCUGCUCAGAUCAGAGGGAACACCUGUACAGGUGUUUGAGCGCUCGGUCUACAGCGACAGAUACAUCUUUGCCCUGAACAUGUUUGAACUGAGCUGUAUCAGCCCAACAGAGUGGGCCGUCUAUCAGGACUGGCACUCCUUCCUAGUGGAGCAGUUUGGACACCAGGUGGAGCUGGAGGGCAUUAUCUAUCUCAGAGCCCCACCAUCGAAAUGUAUGGAGCGCCUGGGGAGUCGGGGGAGGGCAGAGGAGAAAGGAGUUCAGCUGGACUAUCUGGAUAAGCUGCACACUCAGCAUGAGAGGUGGCUCAUUGAGAAGACCACUGAGCUACAUUUUGAGAAGCUGAAACGCAUCCCCGUGCUGGAGCUGGAUGCUAGUGUCGAAUUUGAGAGUAAUCCAGAGGUUCGGGAACAAUUUAUAACAAAGGUGAAGAACUUCUUCAGUGGGUUAUGAGGAUUCAUCAAAAACCUGCCAACUUCCAUGGGUUCAAGAUAAAACCAUUUAGACCUCAAAUGUGUUAAUUGACAGGUAACAAAGUGUGAAUUUGCUCUGAUUGGAAGGGAGCAAUAAUUUACAUAAGAAAAAGUUAAUAAUUUCAGUGUAUCACAGUCCCUGUAUUGUACGAUACUUUUUUGACACUCACACACACAUAAACACACACACACACACACACACAGGACCUCAGUCUUUAAGGCUCAGAAUUCUCAUAUCUGUUCUACCACCAGACUGUUACAUGUUUUUUUGUUUGUUUGUUUGUUUGCUUGUUUGUUUUUUUGAGUUACUAUGGGUAUUUAACUGCCUCACUGUAAAGUUUAUUUUAAACUAGUAGAACUUUUUUCUUUGUUUAUUUUUUCAUAUUGUAAUCCACAGAUAAGUAGCUGAAACACAGCUAGGUAACAUGAGCAUUUUAUAAAAUAUUCCAAAUCUUUACUAUUAUCACCCUAAGUAUUUAGAAAUGUACUUUGCUAGAGCUUAGCCAGUUGAAUGGAGGGUAUGUACUACUGCUUUAAACAUUGUGUCUAUCUAGACCAACUGAAAUAAGUGAAUGUACAAAUGCUAUAGUUGUCCACAUUAGUUAAUAAAAAUGUAUUUAUUUUUCCAUUUUU